CGUAUAUUAUAUACGUUUACUUUACUAUAUUAUAUACGUUCUCUGUUUUCCACAAGCCGUGAAAUAAAAAAAAAUUAAGUAAUAUAAUUACAAUACGGCAACAUUAAGGCUUUCGCUUAAUGUUAGUUAUGAGGUAUGUAGCUGUCGCAUUCACUCUACUGCCUUGGCUUCGGCAUUUGUUUCUAUAUAUAUGUUUUGGCUUUCUUUAAUUCAGUUGUUGUGAAUAUGUGUGCUAUUGCACGUUUUCAUUCUGAUUGGAAAUAGUAAAGCAGCGAACGGAAUCAGCAGCAGCUGUUGGUUGGUUUUAGGAAAGGUAAAGGAUAAAAAUGCAAACAAAGGACAAAGGAAUGAGGAAGUGAUAGAAAAUGAAUAUAUAAAAUUUCGAAAAUUCUUAAAAAUUGGCAUUAAAUAUCAUAGUUGUAAAAAAGGAAAAAAAAAGCUGUUGGAAAACAUAUACAAAAAUUUUAUCGAGAAAAAAAUCGAACAAUUGACGUACAGUGGGUCAAUAUUGUGUAAGAGUAAUUUGUAAAACUUGCUUUGCUGGUGAACUAAGCAUUGAUUCCAUAGAAUACAUUGUAGAUCGCGUGAUCUAUACGAGUAUUUCGCUGCUAGAAUUGUUAUACAUGCAGUGCGACGUCUAUAUUUAACUUCUCUACACGAAACAAAGCACGGGAAAAAAGUAAAACUUACAAAAUUGUUUUUAGCUCAGGGUUGUGUGUGAAAACAUUAAAACGUGCGUAGCACACGCCCACUUAUUUGCCGGCAGCAUCAUACUACAUAACAUUGCACUUUUACUUUCAAUUUGAAAAUAGCGACAUAUUUGUUAUGUUAGUUGAAGAGGGCAGCUGCUGAAACAUUGCAUUUGAGAGUAUACACCAAGUGUGGCGAUAUCCAAGAAAUUAGUAAAGGAAAAAUCGAAGCGUAGUAAUACCCAUAAAAAGUAUACAUGGGCUACUGAUAAGCAACUCGUAUAAUUAAAUUUUAUCGUUGAUAUAAAUUAAUCACAGUAUUCAUGUGAUAGCUGGAGCUGGAGUAAACAUUUUGUAGCUGCCAUUUACAAAAGUUAAAUAAAUUUUAUCUUUCGGUUUUGAUUUUAAAUUUUAAAUCAUGGUUACUGCGUCGCAAUGUACAACUGAAACAGUUUUUGAUUACAGUUGGAAGCAAGUCGUACAAGCAUACUGGAAUCGUUAUCCCAACCCGUCAAGUACACAUGUUCUUACGGAAGACACAAUAAAGCGUGAGGUACGUGAUGGUAAAUUAUAUUCUCGCCGCUUACUAUCCAAAACAAAUCCAGUGCCAAAAUGGGGUCAACGUUUUUAUAAUAAUGCACCAGUGAGAAUUGUUGAAGAUUCGGUUUUAGAUCCGAAAAAGAAAACUUUAGUCACCUUCACGCGAAACAUUGGAUUCAAAAAGAUAAUGAAAGUCGAUGAAAUAGUUGAAUAUAGCGAGCAGAAAGAUGGGCGAACUUUAGCUGUAAGGCGUGCCUACAUUAGUUCACAAGUAUUUGGGGUUUCGCGUGCCAUACGCGCAUUUGGCAUUGAACGUUUCAAAUCAAAUUGCAAUAAAGCGGCGAGCGGCUUCAAUUAUGUGCUGCGAAAUAUGUUUCCUAAUAAUGCUGCUACAGCGAGUGCUACAACUGUUGCAACGAAUGGCAAUGUCAGCGAAUCAGUAUCUACCGCUGGAACGAGCCAUAUACAGCAAGCGACAUUGAAUAAAACUGAAACCAUUAAAAUUGCCAGUAAAGCCGGCUACGCGUAUUUGAAGAACCAAGUCAUUAAAUUGGCGCAAAUAUUUUCCAUUAAGAAUUGAUAAACUUUCUAACGAGAUAUAGAGAACAAUUGUGGUAAUGAUCAUUUAAUCAACUAAAUCUCUAAAGGUUUUUCAAUUUAAGCGUAAUAGUUGUACACGAUAUAUUUAGUCGAGAAUAUUAUGUAGAAGGUACAUCGCUGGAAAAGCUUUGAGUGGAAUUGGCAACUGCCGAAGAUUUCUACAGAUGCAUAGGAAAGUGUAAUCAUUUGCAGCCUCAUUGUUGUCUGCGACAACCCAGUUCAAAGCAGCAGAUUAAAUGUGGCUGAGAGUGCCUCGAAGCGUAAAAACACUGUUGGAUAAUUGAAGAAUAUUUUCUCGACACUGCAUAUCAUUUUAUUUAUUCCUUUAAUCGAUAAUUGCUCUUCAUUCCAAUGCAAUAUUGUUAGCCACACUCACGGGUAUCUAAGUACUAUGUAGUAUGUGAAAACAUAAAAGCGUAUUUGAGGUAGUAGUACACUCUAUAUUUAGUUAUAUUUAAGGCAAUCCUCAUUUAGGCACAUUUUAGAUUCACCGUUUUAAAAGCUCAGCACUAUUAAAAGAAUUUGUUGCAGGAAAAUUAAACUAAGCAAACUUUUAUUAAAUAUAUACGGUCCGAAGCAUGUAUAAACGAAAUAUAAAAAUUAUUGUAAACAAAAGUGGUUAUUAUAUUUUAUAGGUAAAUAUUUCAUAGUUUAUCACAACUGAUUGCGGUAGUGUUAAUUGUUGCCAAUAAAUUAUUGAAUAAAAAUUUUAUUAAGUUUGGUAUAUAUAGAA